UCAAGCCAGCUUCUCUCAGCUUCUUUUUCAAGCCUGAGGCGUCACAGCUCCUUACUUGCUGCCCUUCAUACGAAGCUGAUCGGCCACCUCUCAACAACAAAGAUGAAGAUAGGGAAGGCUCCUGAGCUCCUGAAGAAGGCCGUAGCGAUGUGCAAGAGCAAGACCACCAGGCUCCUCAUCCUCGCCUCGCUCCAGCGCCGCAGGAUGUCCAUGGGCGUUGUGGUCUCUCGCAAGAUCGACGCGCUCAUUGUGGCCGACUGGGAGAGAGCGGACCGCCACAAGGCUCUCGCGCUACAAACGGUGGAGAAGAGACCGGUAAUCAUCCAGGAGAGUGACUUGGAGGCCAAUUUCUCUCGUCACUUGGCGAUGUUCGGUCAAGAGAAUGGUCAUGGUGGCUGCCCAGCUAACCGAACACUGCAUCCCCUAUUCAACAACAACCACGCCAACUACCAUUACACUGAAGAUGAUGAUGUGCUACUUGAUUCAUGCGAUCAAGAUGAUGAUGAUGAGCUGUCAGUCAUGGAUCUGAUCAUGAGCAAUGGAGAAGUUGAGGGGAUGGAGUUCAACAUGGAGGAGGACAUUGAUCAAGCUGCUGAUAUGUUCAUUAGGAGGUUCCGACAGCGGCUGAAUGAGGGAUUUUAGGGUCUUAUUAGCACAUGCAUGCAUGUAUCUUAGAUUAGGGCGUUGUCUUCUUUUUAGGUGCCCAAAAAUUAGAAAAUUUUGUGGACAUCAAUAUGAAUAGGAGUUGAGGCUUGACAAGCAGUUAUCCUUAUUUGUUAGGUUAAUCCAAACAAGUUUGAAUUUGGCUAGAAGUGCGCUAGUUGUGUCCGGUUAGGAUUAGUAGUGUGAUCAGCGUUGCCGGUAAUUAAAUUAGGAAAGUUAUGUACGGCAACACCAAGAGUACUAACCGUACGUGAGUUAGUAUAUAGAUGAGAGUCCUAGUCAUAGCUAUCCGAGUAGAGCUAGGAUGUCAUGUCCGUGUACGUGUCGUGUUAGGUUAUGGUGGAGUCGGCUACGCGCCAUGGUUAGGACCGAUAAGGGUUGCGUGAGUUUUGUAACACCGAUAACAGAGAGAAAAAGAGAAAAAAAAUAAAGAGGAAAAAGGGCACGAUACGAGCCCUUGACUAUCAAUUUUUGUGUGCGCGUUGUUUGUGUAAUUUGAUGUGAUCGACCCUGUGGGCAAUUUUCAACAACUGGUAUCUAGAGCAAGGUUCGAGUGAAGCUGCGCUUGCCCCGGGGUGGCGACCCUGCUAGCGCCUCGGGGCGGGCAAUAUAGUCGCCAUUGUAGCGACGAUGAGGAGCGGGCAAUACAGUCGCUGGUGUAGCGACGAAGAGCAGCAGGCGAUUUAGUCGCUAGGUGGUGCAGCGACGUGGGUGAUCGAGCGGUUGUCGUUCGGCGGAGAGGCGACGAGAAGGCGGUGGAAGGAGAUCGUUGACGGGAGCGGUUGUGCCGAGGUGCAGUGUUAGAAGAUCUUGUCAAGAUCGUCGUUCGGGGGGAGUGAGGAAGAGGCGGCAAAGUUGCGAGCUGUCGUCAAGGUGUGCACAUGAGUUCUUGUAAGGUGCGUCCAAGAGCUCAGGUGUGUGGAUCUUCUGCUGCAGUUGAGAUGCGUCACUGGCGGAGGAGAAUUGCAAGCGAGAGCUGGCGGAAAAAGGAAUUCGUGCCUUGCGUUUCUGUUCGUAGUCGUGGUGUUCCGGCGAGUUCAUAUACGGUGGAGAUGAGUUGGACGUAUAUGACGAGUUGUGUUGCCGCUGGACAUGAGAUGUUGUUUGGUAAGUUGUGUCACCAACGACAACGAGAAAGUGAAGAUGUGGCGGGUGAAAAGAUGUGUCUCCCCGUGCACAAGCAACCGACGAGAAGAUGAAGAUCAACACGAAGAUGGACACACACCAAGGCUGGGGGUCCCCCCUUUCCGAAGAAAAAAUUCCCAGGAAAACACCAGGUAUAGAGAAAGAGCCCGACAAAGGAAGCAGAAGACACUCAGCAAACAAAAAUUU